AUGUUUUCUAAACAUUCUCAAGGAUUCAUGUUUGCGAUUUUGUUCAUAUUUUUUGCAGCUGCGAACGCAAAUCCGGGUAAGCGAUUCUCAAACAGCAUUGUGGAGGAUGGAGCAGUUAGUACCUCAAACUUCACCAACCUGACUGCCCAAUUCUUCCCUGCUCAAGGUUCGAAGCGAGUCAAAGUCACCUAUGGACCUUUCAAUGUCCCAAAUAUGAACAUUGAGAAUGGAAUGAAAGACUUUACAAUACUCCCCUCCACAGUAGGAUGCAGCGACUGCCUCAUCACAUACAUCGAAGCGGGGCUUGAAUUCCCGAAUGGGACAUAUGCCAAUGCGAAUACAAGCCUGUGGCUGCACCACACUGUUUUGUACAAUUUCAACAAUCUUGACACAGUCUGCGGAGCUACUGAGCCAGGAGAGAGGUUCUUUGCUUCUGGAAACGAACGAAGUCCAGCUGAUAUUAGUAUGAAUGGAACCAACACGGUUGGAUAUUAUGUUGGCCCAGAAGACAAAAUUGGAUUUUUGGCAGAGCUCAUGAACACGGAAAUGGUGAACCAGUCAGCCGUCGUAACCAUAACCUUUGAGUAUAUUCCGGGUUUGCCAGCUUCCUUCAACAAAGCAACACCAAUUUGGCUCGACAUCAGUGGUUGCGGUGGCGGUUCGGACAUGCCAGCCAAGAACGACACUGCAUUCCAAUACACAUCUCCAGUCUGGACCGCCAACGCAACUGGUCGAGUGACUUGCGCAAUUGGACAUCUUCAUGAUGGCGGUGUUAAUCUAGACAUAACCAAGAAUAACCAAACUGCAUGCGACUGCACCAGCGCUUAUGGCCAGACACCAGGGUAUAUGGACCCCAUGGGGAGUAGCGGCAUGAUGAGUAUGCCUGGAAUGACGAUGGGAACGCACAUAUCGUCCAUUACAGAGUGUUCAACGGGACAGGUGAACCUGGGAGACAAUAUGAUGGUUACAGCAUACUACAAUACAUCAGAGUAUGAGCCAAUGACCAACACUGAUGGAACUUUGGCGCCAAUCAUGGGCAUCGGACUCUUGUAUCUGGCACAGAAUGAGGCAUCGAGUUCUGGCUCUAGUUCAACGUCGAGUGCAUCCACAACUGCAACAGGAGUGGCGAGCUCGACGUCCAAAGCUGCGGGUCCUAUUAUGACCGUCGCUGGCGGACCUGUUCUAUUCGUAGGGGCUCUGGGCGGUAUGGCAGUACUGGGAUUUGCUUGACUUCUUGUCUAGCAAGGGAGAAACUCUAAGUCGAGAAGGUGGAGAGCUUAAUGCAAGAGUAUUGGUCGCUGUAUGGAUGAAGGAAUCGGAACCUUGUCCGCAUAACCCUAAUCAUGAAUGAAAUGCUUAUCCUCAAGAUUUAAGGAGGCUGUGAUCUUCUCGUACAAGGUCUAGGAUGGGAUUUUGCCGGUCA